UCGCGGCCGGCCACUGGGGGUGGGGGGGCGGCCCUGGCGCUGGGGCUGUGGUGGUGCGCGGGGCGCGGGCGCGGCGGCUGCGGUGGCUGCGGAGCUGACGAGAAACUCCUAAAUUUCCUCUGGGAGUGAAGUAGAAUUUCUUCAGAACAUAAUGGAUGGAGAAGAGAAAACCUAUGGUGGCUGUGAAGGCCCUGAUGCUAUGUAUGUCAAAUUAAUAUCCUCUGAUGGCCAUGAGUUUAUUGUAAAAAGAGAACAUGCGUUAACAUCAGGAACAAUAAAAGCCAUGUUGAGUGGCCCAGGUCAGUUUGCUGAAAAUGAAACCAAUGAAGUCAAUUUUAGAGAGAUCCCUUCACAUGUGCUAUCCAAAGUGUGCAUGUAUUUUACCUACAAGGUUCGUUACACUAACAGCUCGACCGAGAUUCCUGAAUUCCCAAUUGCACCUGAAAUUGCACUGGAACUGCUGAUGGCUGCGAAUUUCCUAGAUUGUUAAAUAAAGUAAAUUAUAAUAAACUGUUAACUUUUUUCAGUAUUUAAUACCCGUAGUUCAGUUAGUAACUUUUCAUAUAUAGCAUGUUGCCUGUGUGCAAUUGAACUUUCAGUGUUCAUUGCAAAGCAGAUUAUCUUCUGUUCUUAUUUUGCAUAGCAAUCAGAGCUGACAUUCGUUUGCUACAUCAGUAAAUUAAGGACAUUUUCAAAAACUGAGAAAUAAACAAAUAUGCCAAUUCGUAGGUGGUUUUGCCUUAUAUUUUGGAUGUGAUUUUUUUUUUUUGAUGGUGGUACAGUAAAUGCUAAAAUUUAGGCAUAAAUGAACAUUGUUCUACAAGUAAAUAAUUGGCUCUGUAUUUUUAUGUUUUGUUGGGUUUUUUUAACUAUCCUGAUCUUCUAGACAUCAUUAGUAGCAUUAUUAGUUAUGCAAAUGUUGCAUUAUAAACAUGUUUAUAACUUAGCCAAGACUUCAAUUUUUUUAUAACUGUCAAAGACAUAAGAGUUGAAAUUUCUUAUGUGUCUUUUGAUAAACUGCAGUAUUGUUUAAAUGUUUCUUGUCCUUUUGUUUAUAGCUGCGAUUUAAGAACUUUAUUUAAAAGCAAUUUUGGAAGAUUACUAGUUAGAGUUUUUGGAGCUAUUAACUGCAUUGUAGCCAACAGGUCAGCUAUGUGACUGAUUAAAUGUGUGUUGUUCAUUUUAACCAGUUCACAGUAUGUACUUUACUAUAUUUUUCCCCCCAAUAUUCAUUCUUCUUCCAUAGUUCCUUGUUGUGUCCACAUUUUUGUAUGUACGUGUUAAGCUUAACCUCAUCCAGACCUUAAAAACUAGACUACCCUGAAUUAUUCUAAUCUUCCUCCUUCCAUUUGAAUUAUUUAUGAGAAACAUUUUGAGAUACACAAUGCAAUGCUUAAAAUAUACUUUGUAAUCAUCUAUUAAAAUAUAUCAUCCAAAAUGAAUAUGACAAUGAUGAUUGGUGGGUCUUUUACCCACAGGUAGUGUGAACUUUAUAAGGAGGUCAGUAAGCUUUCCUACUAAACAUACCAAAAAAUAUUAAAAACCAUGACAGCAUAGCUGAUGAGAAGCUAUGGUAAAAGAAGCACUGGACGUGGGUUUAUAUUUCUUUUAUCUUAUAGUGACAACAAUGCUGUCAUUAUAGUCUAUAAAUCAAGCUUUCAACUUAGUUCUUCCAGAAGGGUUUAUUAUGGACCAGUUUUUCUGGGAACUGCACCAUAAAGAACCAAGUCUCUACAAGCCUCCUGCGUGCCUAGGUCUGGGGCAACCCUGUGCAUUCCUGUAAUGCUUAGAUGAGGCCAGAGCAAGGUUAUAGAAACUUCAGAAAAUUAAAAACAACCAAGAGUUAUAAAAUUAGAUUUUACUCUUAAAAGACCUAAUGUUGUACUUUCUAGUUUAUGAAAGUAGUGAAGUAAACAAUAUACAUGUUAAUUGCAUAUAUUUUAGUAACUUCAUAAGACAUACAGGUACAUAUUUUAGUAUAAAAGACUCAAGUUCAAAACUCUAUUCUACUACCUGGUGACAAGUAAUGUCAAUUAUAAGAACCUAAACUACCAUCAUAACUGUCAAGGUGAUAGCUAGAAAUAGUUUAUUUAACCUUGGCCAACUUUAGUGAGUUACUUUGUGUUAGAUUCAGAAGUAACUCUAGGUUUAAAAUAUUGGACUAGAAGAUUAGGAAAACCUGUAUAUCUUGCAAACGGUACUUGCAUGUUAAUAAAGGCUCAAAUGAUUGAAAGAUUGGAACACUUGGUAUUUGAUCUUUUUGGCCUUUUUUUUUUGAGGAUUUAUGAAAUCAGGAUAUCUUUCCAUAGUUAUGUAAUAGGAAUUAUUUGAUUAAAUUUAAGAAAUGAUCUUA